GAAUGACUAUCGCAAUAAGUCUUUCAGUCUGUGCUUUCCUUUUUCUCGGUAAUGUGCUACCCAGCACCGCUCAGCAAUGGGAAGCAUAUCCUAUGUUAGAAGCACGGGGAUUGGAUAAACCGUCACAGAUCCUGGAAAAUGAAGUAAGAGAUCAAAAUCAGGAUAACCUUACAUGGUCACAAUCUCAAUCGCAAUCGCAGCUGGGUUCACAGUAUCUGCCAUCUAAUGCUCCUCUAAGGGGAGAUCGACCUAAGGAUAUUAUACGUCUUUCGCUGAAACCGAUUACUCGACCACUGCCGCCCCACAUGCAUCCACUAUUUCCAGACUUUGUACGAAAGAACCGGAUUAUGCUAAUACCGGAUUCAGAAAAAUUACCACAAAAUCGCCACAUCGCGACUGUCGAUCAAUCACAAAACUUAACUCAGGGGCAGUUACAGUCACUGGCGCAGUGGCAGGAACAGGCACAGUCACAGGAACAGUUGCAGGCACUGUUGCAGGAACAGGCGCAGUGGCAGGCACAGUCGCAGGAACAGUCGAAGGCACAGUCACAGGCACAGGCACAGUCACUGGCGCAGUGGCAGGCACAGGCACAGUCACUGGCACAGUUGCAUGCACAGUUGCAGGCACUGUUGCAGGAACAGGCACUGUGGCAGACACAGUCGCAGGAACAGUCGAAGGCAAAGUCACAGUCGCAGUGGCAGGAACACGCACAGUCUCUGGCACAAUCGCAUGUACAGUUGCAGGCCCUGUUGCAGGAACAGACACUGUGGAAGGCACAGUCGCAACCACUGUCACAAGCACAGGCAGAGUCGCAAGCACAGUCGCAGGCACAGUUGCAGGCACUGUUGCAGAAACAGGCCCUGUCACUGGCACAGUUGCAAGCACUGUUGCAGGCACAGCCGCAGGCUCAGUCGCAGGAACAGGCACAGUCGCAGGUAAACUUAGAGGAACUGCUGCAGGUUCACGCACUGUCACUGGCACAGUUGCAGGCACAGUUGCAGGCACAGACACAGUCGCAACCACAGUCGCAGGAGAAGUCGCAGGAACAGUCGAAGGCACAGUCACAGGCACAGGCACAGUCACUGGCACAGUUGCAUGCACAGUUGCAGGCACUGUUGCAGGAACAGUCACUGUGGCAGACACAGUCGCAGGAACAGUCGAAGGCACAGUCACAGUCGCAGUGGCAGGAACACGCACAGUCUCUGGCACAAUCGCAUGUACAGUUGCAGGCCCUGUUGCAGGAACAGACACUGUGGAAGGCACAGUCGCAACCACUGUCAAAAGCACAGGCCGAGUCGCAAGCACAGUCGCAGGCACAGUUGCAGGCACGGUUGCAGGAACAGGAAAAGUCACUGGCACAGUUGCAGGCACUGUUGCAGGCACAGCCGCAGGCUCAGUCGCAGGAACAGGCACAGUCGCAGGUAAACUUAGAGGAACUGCUGCAGGUUCACGCACUGUCACUGGCACAGUUGCAGGCACAGUUGCAGGCACAGGCACAGUCGCAACCACAGGCGCAGGAAAAGUCGCAGGAGAAGUCGCAGGAACAGUCGAAGGCACAGUCACAGUUGCAAGCACUGUUGCAGGCACAGCCGCAGGCUCAGUCGCAGGAACAGGCACAGUCGCAGGCACAGUCUCAGAAACAGGCACAGUUGCAAGCACAUUCGCAGGAACAUUCGCAGUCGCAAGAUCAGGCACAGGCACUGAUACACUCCCAGUUGCAAGCACAGCUGCAUUCUAAUUUGCAGUCGAAGGCACAAAAACAAUCAGAGUUAGAUGCACUUAAACAGUCUGGGAACCAGUUAAAUUCCCAAGCAUCCAAGCAACCAGUUUAUUUCAUAGAUACGCUACCAAUGCCACGACCUCAGUAUGAAAUACUUCCAUCUCAGAAUGGGCCAGAUCAGCAGGACCCAAAUCUUCGUUACGUGAUGAUUCCGAAUCGGCCAAAAGUUAUACGCCCGAAUCCGUAUAUCAUAAUUCCACCUUAUGGCGAGGUACGUCAUCAACCUCAGCUAUCACCAAAUCCUCAGGAAUCGGACCUACGACAACUGAUAAUUACUUCUCAACUACGUCCCAGGCCAAAUCGAUAUAUAUGGAAUCCAAUCAAACAGAUAAAUGCGAACGCCAGUAUUAACACUGACUACUUACUAGAGUGGUACCCAUACAAAAAUGAAAGUGAUCGCAAAGGUGUCCACUUGGAACUAAAUCAACAAAAAAUUAAUAAUUUAGCUCCUGUUCUCCAGCUAAGACCAGCAAUCCCAGCCAUUAAACCCCAAUUGCCACUAGAACUACAGUCACAACAAAAUUCACAUUCGCACAAUUCUGAAUCGCAGAAACAAUUGCAGUCACAGUUAGAUUCACAAUUGUCCGUCUCAGGAUCUUCAGAAUCACAGUCCCAAUCGCAGUCACAGGUUAAUUCCCAGUCUUCAGAAUCACAGUCCCAAUUGCAGUCACAGCUAAGCUCCGAAUCAACUGGAUCACAGUCCCAAUUGCAUUCACAGUUAGGUUCACAAUUAUCUGCUUCAGGAUCUUCAGAAUCACAGUCUCAAUCGCAGUCACAGGUUAAUUCCCAGUCUUCAGAAUCACAGUCCCCAUUGCAGUCACAGCUAAGCUCCGAAUCAACUGGAUCACAGUCCCAAUUGCAGUCACAGUUAGGUUCACAAUUAUCCGGUUCAGGAUCUUCGGGAUUACAGUCCCAAUCGCAGUCCCAGCAUAAUUCCCAAAAUUCAGGAUCACAGUCCCAAUUGCAUUCACAGUUAAGCUCCGAAUCAUCUGGAUCGCAUUCACAGCAUUAUUCCCAGUCUUCAAAAUCACAGCUUAAUUCUCAGUCUUCAAGUUCAGAGUCCCAAUCACAGUCACAGCAUAAUUCCCAAACUUCAGGAUCACAGUCCCAAUUGCAUUCACAGUUAAGCUCCGAAUCAUCUGGAUCGCAUUCACAGCAUUAUUCCCAGUCUUCAAAAUCACAGUCCCAAUCACAGUCACAGCUUUAUUCCCAGUCUUCGGGAUCACAGUCCCAAUCGCAGUUACAGAUUAGGUCACAGUUAGACAGAGCUGAACCCAAUGCACAGACCCAAGGAAAUUAUUUUAAAAAUGCGAAAACCAAUGUGGUUACUUCUGAGUACAAAGUAGACAGUCCACCAAAUUACCUCACCCAGGCGGACAUCUUGGAUAAUUCUAGGCUGACAACUGUUAACCUGAUUGAGAAGUACGGCUAUCCAUCUGAUACCAAUUACUUGACCUCCGAAGACGGCUACAAGCUUUGCUUGCAUCGUAUUCCGCGUCCUGGUGCUGAGCCAGUUUUGCUAGUCCAUGGCCUAUUGGCCAGUUCUGCGUCAUGGGUGGAACUUGGGCCCAAGGAUGGACUGGCGUAUAUCCUUUACCGGAAGGGUUACGACGUCUGGAUGCUGAAUACCCGAGGCAACAUAUACUCCCGGGAGAAUUUGAACCAAGGUCAGAUACCACGAAAGUACUGGGACUUCUCCUUCCACGAGAUCGGCAAGUUUGAUGUGCCCGCUGCCAUCGAUCAUAUUCUGAGUCACACCAAAAAGCCGAAGAUCCAAUACAUUGGCCAUUCGCAGGGCUCCACUGCUUUCUUCGUGAUGUGCAGUGAAAGACCCAAAUAUGCACCGAAAGUGCAUCUAAUGCAGGCCCUUUCCCCAACUGUUUAUCUGCAGGAAAACCGCAGUCCAGUGCUAAAGUUCCUCGGAAUGUUCAAGGGAAAGUAUUCAAUGUUGCUGAACCUUCUGGGCGGCUACGAGAUCUCCGCCAAAACGAAGCUCAUCCAGCAGUUCCGCCAGCACAUUUGCUCCGGUUCGGAACUUGCCAGCCGCAUCUGCGCCAUCUUUGACUUUGUGCUCUGCGGAUUCGACUGGAAGAGCUUCAAUAAGACCCUCACUCCCAUUGUGGCGGCCCAUGCCUCCCAAGGCGCCUCUGCCAAACAGAUCUACCAUUAUGCACAGCUGCAGGGCGACCUGAAUUUCCAGCGCUUCGAUCAUGGAGCGGUCCUGAAUCGCGUUCGCUACGAGUCCAGCGAUCCACCAGCCUACAAUCUUUCGCAGACGACCAGCAAAGUGGUGCUCCAUCACGGCGGAGGCGACUGGCUGGGAUCCACCUCGGAUGUGAUCCGGCUGCAGGAGCGUCUGCCCAAUCUCGUCGAGAGCCGGAAGGUCAGCUUCGAAGGCUUCUCCCACUUCGACUUCACGCUCUCCAAGGAUGUCCGUCCUCUACUCUACAGUCACGUCCUGCGGCACAUGUCAGCCCAUCUCAGUGGAUAGGACAAUUACUGCAUAACACAUGAAAGAGUUUGUUGGGUUUCUUCAAUCGCAUAAUUUCGAUAAAAAUCUAGAUUUUUUGUAAUAUGAGUGAUACAAUGAAAUGCUAUGUGCAUACAUA